CUAGCUCCCCAAGGCUUCCUCGGCUGUUCCCGCUUUGGUUCUUCAACAUGAUUUCAUUUCUUGUUUUUGCGAUUAUUGUCUCUUUGCGUGGUACGGCUUCGAAUGCAAGAUUUCUACUCUAGUGCUUGCUCUGUUGGUUCUCAAGUGGUACUACCACUACCUGCGAGCAUAGCACCUGAGCAGAUGAAAAGGAAAAGAAAAAGCUCAAACUGAGCAGUUGGAUAAGCACAAUUUCUUAUUAGAGUGGCUACUGUAACUCGUGUCCCUAGCCUUUCUCCAUUCAUUCUUUGCGCUGCCCAUUUUGAAAAUCCAGGACAAACGACCUGUGUUUACUGCGUGCUUUAGGUGCCUUUUUUCUAUAUCAGCUAUGCUUUAGUACUAGAAGGCUGCAUUUUUGUGCCAAGGCUAGCAAAUAGGUGGUGUUUCUCUGUUCUUGCCGCAAAAUAGGUGAGCUUUCUUCCUCCUCCCAUAGUCAGUGCUGUGCAAUUUCGUCUGCAUUUCUGCCUGCUACAAUGCGCACAGUGGCCCGCCUUGCAUCUUCAACUUUGUGAAGGAACAAUCUGUGAACUGUGUCCUCAGCAGCGGCGUUGAUGUCACCAAUUAUUUGGCUCACAUAUUCUACUGCUGCUUUGCUUCAGGUCUUUAAAAAUUGAUAGUGCGCAAGAUUUGGCCUUUGGCGACUACUACGGAGCUAAGCUAGGCCUCAAGAUGUCUAGCAAUCCAUCCUAUCAGCAGCAGCUGGGGUUGGAUGCCAUGAACACUUGUUUCUUCGGCGGUGGCGGGAUGAUCGGUUCAGAGGCGCCAUUCUUCUACCCAAGCAUGCCUCACGACGUGCACUUCGGCUCCGGCUCCGGCUCCGGCGGCGCGGAGGUGGCCGCGCAUUUCAUGGCCAGCAACGCCGUGAUGGUGGCGAACCAGCUCGUCUGGCCCGGCGCCCCUUCUCAGGACAGCCACCUCGCGAGCAUGUCCACGGACGAGAUGAACGACGACGCCCACGCUGUCGCCGGCGAGAGCUGCAGCACCGUGCACUCCAUGCUCCAUUCCGCCUCCGCGGACUUCUUCCAGUACGCGCCGGCGGAGGUCACCAUCGCCCAGCCAUCAAAGAUGGCCAAGCUCAUUGCUGGAGAGCCGCACUGCAGCUGGCUCUACGACGGUCCAGGCGCUGCCUCCACCCACGAGCCGUAUUACCUGACGGCGUUCUCCGGCGGCACAGACUUUCCGGACCCGGUCGCCGCCGUGGCGAGCGGCCUGUCGCUCAGGCUAGGUGCCCGGUCUUCCUCGGUCACCAUGGCCAGCAUGCCGGAGCAGUCCUCGGAGGUGAGCUGCUCCGGCCUGACCCACGUGAACAGCGAGGGCUUUGGCUACCAGCAGCCUCAGGCCGUCAGUGCUCACGCCGGCGCCGGCCAGUUCCAUCUGCCUCCUUACGGCGACGACGAGCUGCGGCACGUGUACCCACAGAUGUACUCGAGGCCUCCGCACUUCUCGCAGGUACUGCCGCGGUCGGGAUACGCGCACAUUGCCCAGGAGCUGCUGAAUGGGUUCGCCGGCUGCAUGCUGAAAGACGUGGCCGAGAUGAGUGGCGAUUCAGUCAGCGGCGCUGGCAGCGAGGCGAGCCUGCUGCUCUCGUCGAGCUGCUCGGCGAGGACGCCGUCGUCGGUGAGCUCCAACCACCUGAUGCUGCCCUCCGAGGAGCAAUCAGCCGACGGCGGGAGGUGGAUGGAGGCUCAGAGGGCGAGGAACGAUCUCCUGAAACUGCUGCAGCUGAGGCUGCUGGAUGCAUGGGUGCAGAUGGAUCAAAGGUGCAACCGGUGUUUCGACGACAUCCAGACGACGGCGUCCAAGUUCAGCAGCAUGUUGGCGCAUCCGGGCGGCGGGGGCGGCGCCAUCGCGCCACCGCCGUUCGCGCAGCGCGCGGUCUCCGCGGUGUACCAGAGGCUGAGGAAGCGGAUCACGGGCCUGAUCGUGGCGCUGGCGCAGAGGUCCGGGGAUGCGUCGUCGCUGGCGGACAAGGAGCGGAGCUGGGAGUCGUCCUUCAUCCAGAAGCACUGGGCGCUGCAGCAGCUCCGGCGCGGCGACCAGCAGUCGUGGCGGCCCCAGCGCGGCCUGCCGGAGAAGUCCGUCGCCGUGCUCAAAGCCUGGAUGUUCGAGAACUUCCUCCGCCCGUACCCCAAGGACCACGAGAAGGACAUGCUGGCGGCGAGGAGCGGGCUGAGCAGGAGCCAGGUCUCCAACUGGUUCAUCAACGCGCGCGUCCGGCUGUGGAAGCCGAUGAUCGAGGAGAUGUACGAGGAGCUCAAGAGGAGCUCGGGGCGCGGCGGCGACGCCGAGCUUCCCAGCACCAAAGACGUCGUCGGCUAGGGGGUCGAGGUUGGAACUGUACAGAGUCCUCCUAGCUGUCGCGCCGAUGGGUCCUGUCUGUCUCUCUGCCCAUUAUUGUUCACCCGAUCGUUAUCUCCGGCCAAUGGCCAUUGUUCAUCUGAUCGAUCGUUAUCAUCUAAUGUAGUGAGUAGUGACCUUUGGCUUU